UUCAGGCUGGCGAUGGACGGGGCAUGGACCCGGGACCUUUGCGCGUGGACCCACCUGAGCUUGCCGAGGCGCUCUUGGACCUUCCGAGCCCAACACACAUCGCGAGCGCCACACCUCGCCCCCGCCCCAUCUUUCCAGGGUCACCGAUCUGGCAUGGCGAGGCAACGUCCGUGCACCACCGUGUGCGCCGGCCGCGACCACCGCUGCCGCCGCCACCCGCUCCCAAAGCCGCCGAGCUCAGCGUGCUCGUGGUGUCUGCAAGCCUCCUCUGGGUCCUCGGCGCUGUCGCCACGCUCUGGCUGGUCCGCUUUCCCUUUGGUAUUUAUCCGCUUUCGACGAUCGCGCUGCUCGUCUGUCCGCAGCUGCUCUUCUACAGCCUCGUCAAAGCCCUUUUCGCGUAG